AUUUUGAGCAACGAUGAGAGAAGUUUUGUGACGUGAUCGACUUAAAAAUGUGAUGAUCAGAUAGAAGUGACGAUUUACUUGUUUAUAAAUCAGUAGACAGUUAGUAAUUUCUUUCACUUCACUUUAAAGUCUCAAGCUGCUUAGUUUCACUAAAUUUUCAGUGUUUAACAAAUAAAUUAAUUUAUUAAAAUGUCUUCUCCAAUCAUGACGAUUAUUCAAAAUUUCGAUCGCGUGAUCGACUGGAAAGAUCCACUCAUUUGGCUCGCAGCUGCCCACAUCACCUUUAACCCCUUUUUCUGGAACGUUAGCGCGCGCCUUGAAUAUAAAACAAAAUUACUCAGCAGAAUUUUUGGCUCGACAAAAGUUGGAUGUUAUGUGUUGGCUGUUGUCACGUUUUUGAUUGGAAUGACGAGAAACUUUGUGGUUGUUAUCGCUGUGACAAGACAGCUGUCUCUUGAGGCUUAUCUUGGCGAAACUACUGUCAACUACAUGAAAAUAGUCGGCGGACUUUGUAUGGUGAUAGGACUCACAUUAGCAAUAACUUCGAUGCUUCGUCUUGGAGUUACUGGAACAUAUCUCGGGGAUUACUUUGGAAUGCUUAAAGAUUCUCGCGUCACCGCAUUCCCUUUCAAUGUUGUUGACAAUCCAAUGUAUGUUGGAUCGACCAUCACAUUCCUUGGACUUGCUGUUCUUAAAAUGUCACCAAUUGGCUUCCUUCUUACAGUUUACAUUUGGAUUGUCUACAACAUUGCACUUUUCUUUGAAGAACCUUUUACAGCAAAGAUUUACAGCACCAAAGAAACCAAAGAAGUUAAAGCAAAUUAG